AUGCCCAGCGCCACGGGCCAGAACUGGGAGAAGUACAAGAAGAAUUUUGCCGACGAUGACGAGCCCGAGAAGAAGAUAACGCCGUUGACGGAUGAGGAUAUCCAGGUCCUGAAAACGUACGGCGCCGCCCCAUAUGCUGCUGCGAUAAAGAAGCUCGAGAAACAGAUCAAGGACAAACAAGCAAGCGUAAAUGAGAAGAUAGGGGUUAAAGAGUCCGACACAGGGCUGGCACCACCACAUCUCUGGGAUGUUGCGGCAGAUAGGCAGCGGAUGGCGGAAGAGCAGCCUCUACAAGUUGCUCGGUGUACAAAGAUUAUUCAGGAUGAAAAGGACGCCGACAAGAGCAAAUAUGUCAUCAACGUGAAGCAGAUCGCCAAGUUUGUAGUAAACUUGGGUGAACGUGUCAGUCCUACAGAUAUCGAAGAGGGAAUGCGAGUAGGUGUCGACCGGAAUAAGUACCAAAUUCUCCUACCGCUGCCUCCAAAGAUCGAUCCCAGUGUUACGAUGAUGACGGUUGAAGAUAAACCUGAUGUUACAUACGGCGAUGUUGGAGGAAGUAAAGAACAGAUCGAAAAACUCAGAGAAGUUGUAGAGAUGCCACUUCUAUCACCUGAGCGAUUUGUUGGCCUUGGAAUAGACCCUCCCAAGGGAGCUCUGCUCUAUGGACCUCCAGGAACCGGAAAGACUCUUUGCGCGCGAGCAGUGGCGAACCGAACGGACGCAACAUUUAUUCGUGUUAUUGGCAGUGAGCUUGUUCAGAAAUAUGUCGGCGAAGGUGCUAGGAUGGUGAGGGAGCUUUUCGAGAUGGCCCGGACCAAGAAGGCGUGCAUUAUCUUCUUCGACGAAAUCGAUGCUAUUGGCGGUGCUCGUUUCGACGACGGUGCUGGCGGUGACAACGAGGUCCAGAGAACUAUGUUGGAACUGAUCACACAGCUGGACGGUUUCGACUCUAGAGGAAACAUCAAGGUUAUGUUUGCCACCAACAGACCGUCGACUCUCGACCCUGCCCUGAUGAGACCCGGCCGUAUUGAUCGAAAGAUCGAAUUCUCUCUUCCCGAUCUAGAUGGACGUGCUAAUAUUCUGCGAAUUCACGCUAAGAGCAUGUCGGUGGAGCGUGACAUAAGAUGGGAGCUCAUCUCACGAUUAUGUCCCAACUCGACCGGUGCCGAGCUGCGCAGUGUUGCUACCGAAGCGGGCAUGUUCGCCAUCAGGGCACGCCGCAAGGUCGCAACCGAGAAGGACUUUUUGGCCGCCGUGGACAAGGUCAUCAAGGGUAACCUGAAAUUCAACUCCACGGCCACCAUCAUGAGCUUCAGUGGUCUCCGGAGCAUCGCUCCGACACGUCAGUUCACUCGGGCUCUACGGGACCAGAAGAGGUAUUUCUCGCAAACUCGCACUGCAGCUCGAAUCAUCGCCAGUCAGCCUCUACGCGCGAAGGAAGCUUCUCCCUUCGUCUCACAGAAAUACCCCGUCAUCGACCAUGAAUUCGAUGCUGUCGUCGUAGGUGCUGGUGGUGCCGGUCUGCGAGCGGCUUUCGGUCUCGCAGAAGCCGGCUUCAACACCGCGUGUGUCACAAAGCUCUUCCCCACAAGAAGUCACACAGUUGCUGCCCAGGGAGGUAUAAACGCUGCGCUUGGAAACAUGCACAAAGAUGACUGGAGAUGGCACAUGUACGAUACCGUGAAGGGAUCCGACUGGCUUGGUGACCAAGACGCUAUUCAUUACAUGACCAGAGAAGCCCCCCAGAGUGUUAUCGAACUCGAGGGCUACGGUUGCCCCUUCUCUCGAACUGAGGACGGACGUAUCUACCAGCGAGCUUUCGGUGGACAGUCGCAAGAUUUCGGAAAAGGUGGCCAGGCUUAUCGAUGCUGUGCCGCUGCUGACAGAACUGGCCAUGCCCUUCUCCACACUCUCUAUGGUCAAUCCCUCCGCCACAACGCCAACUACUUCAUCGAAUACUUCGCCAUGGAUCUACUCAUGGAAGACGGUGAAUGUAAGGGAAUCAUUGCCUAUAACCAGGAGGAUGGUACUCUCCACCGAUUCCGCGCCCACCACACCGUUCUAGCCACCGGUGGAUACGGCCGAGCCUACUUCAGCUGUACUUCCGCCCAUACCUGCACUGGUGACGGUAUGGCUAUGGUUGCUCGUGCUGGACUCCCCAACCAGGAUUUGGAAUUCGUUCAGUUCCAUCCUACUGGUAUCUACGGUGCUGGAUGUCUUAUCACCGAGGGUUCCCGAGGUGAGGGUGGUUACCUACUCAACUCCAACGGUGAACGAUUCAUGGAGAAAUAUGCCCCAACCGCCAAGGAUUUGGCCAGUCGUGACGUCGUCUCCCGAUCCAUGACAAUGGAAAUCCGUGAGGGACGUGGUGUCGGCCCGGAUAAGGACCACAUCUACCUUCAACUUAGCCAUCUUCCCGCUGAAAUUCUCCACGAGCGUCUCCCCGGUAUUUCCGAAACCGCCUCUAUCUUCGCUGGUGUCGAUGUUACCAAACAGCCAAUUCCUGUCCUCCCAACUGUCCACUACAACAUGGGUGGUAUCCCAACUAAAUACACCGGAGAAGUCAUCACCAUCGACGAGAGUGGCAAUGACAAGAUUGUUCCUGGUCUGUAUGCUUGUGGUGAAGCCGCCUGUGUUUCCGUCCAUGGUGCCAACCGUCUUGGAGCCAACUCUCUCCUCGAUCUUAUCGUUUUUGGCCGUGCUGUCUCUCAUACCGUCAGGGAUAAGGCAUCUCCUGGAGCUCCACACAAGGAGAUCAGUGCUGACGCUGGUGCUGAGUCUAUUGCCGCCCUUGACAAAGCCAGAACUGCUGAUGGAUCCAAAUCUACCUUCGAGAUCAGAAACGCUAUGCAGAGAACUAUGCAGACUGACGUCAGCGUUUUCAGAACUCAGGAAAGUUUGGACGAGGGUGUUGCUAAGAUCAACGAGGUUGAUAAAACCUACGCCGAUGUUGCUAUCAAGGACCGCAGCAUGAUCUGGAACUCCGACCUUGUUGAGACUUUGGAAUUGAGGAACCUGUUGACUUGCGCUACCCAAACCGCAACCGCCGCAGCCAACCGUAAGGAAUCUCGUGGGGCCCAUGCUCGCGAGGAUUACCCCGAACGAGACGACAAGAACUGGAUGAAGCAUACCCUUACCUUCCAAAAGGAGCCCCAUGGUAAGGUCGACCUCACAUACCGUGCUGUUACCGGAACCACUCUCGACGAGGCCGAAUGCAAGGCUGUUCCACCAUUCAAGCACGUUGUUUAUAAUACUGUGCUGCGAUCGCAAACGGAUCAGUGGGAGGCUCCCGAGAGGCCAGACAAGAUGGGAUCCGAUAACCGCAUCAACGACGAAGAAGUCAUUCCACUCACGGGCCGCGGACGAGGCUCUCGAGACUCGAUCGAUUCGUCUUCAACGGCUUCCAUAUCACUUACCCUCGUCGACGACGCCAGUCACACGGCUGCAGGACCGUCCAAACCAGCAGACAAGCGAGGUGGUCAGGCAGGAGACAGAUACAAGAAUGAGAAAUACCGCGAUGAUGAUGACGAGGAGGAAGGCUUAGGAGAAGAUGAUUACAUUCCAUCAGGCGGGAAGCAUACACAGCGGAGAACACAAAUAGCAUUCUGGCUGCUCGUGGCACUCUGUGUUGGUGGUUGGGCCGUGGCCUUUAUAUUCUUCAUUGCAUCCCCAAGCCAUAGCGGAAAUGCAGCAGAUAAAAACCCCGGUGGCUCAGGAGGCCAUAUCACCGUACCUGCUGGUCCAUACGACCGCGCCAAAAUUACACUGGAUGACGUUCUAAACCAGGCAUGGGUGCCUGUUGAACAUACGAUAUCAUGGAUUGCUGGGCCCAAGGGAGAAGAUGGGUUGCUGUUGCAGAAAAGUGAGGGAGGGAUUGGACCGUAUCUUCAUGUGGAAGACGUCCGGAAUUUCCAUGGCAUGCAGGCAAACAACAAGUCAAUUACGCUGAUGAAGGACUCGAUGUUCUUUUAUGACGACGAACCCAUCACUCCCGAUCAGAUUUGGCCAUCACCAGAUAUGAAAACCGUGCUUGUCAUGUCAAGGGAAAAGAAGAACUGGAGGCAUUCUUACACUGGAUUAUACUGGCUGUUUGAUGUCAAGACCCAGAAGGCCCAACCUCUUGACCCAGAAGCACCCAAGAAGAGAAUACAGCUUGCUUCUUGGUCCCCAACCUCUGAUGCUGUUGCUUUUACAAGGGAUAAUAAUAUGUUCCUCAGAAACCUCACUUCAAAGACUGUCAAACGUAUCACAACUGAUGGAGGGGCAGACCUAUUCUACGGAAUACCCGACUGGGUAUAUGAAGAGGAGGUUUUUGAAGGAAACAGUGCCACAUGGUGGUCACUUGACGGGAAGUAUAUUUCAUUCCUCCGUACAAACGAGACAAUGGUCCCAGAGUUUCCUGUAGACUUCUAUCUUUCGAAACCACCGGGCUAUACCUCACCACCAGAUGAAGAAGCGUACCCAUACGUCCAACAAAUUAAAUACCCCAAAGCUGGCGCGCCAAACCCUAUAGUCAACCUUCAGUUUCAUGAUGUCGAACGCGGAGAUACUUUCUCGGUUGAGGUGAAGGAUAACUUCAUAGAUGACGACAAAAUUAUAGUGGAAGUCAUUCCCGCCUCUGGAGGGAAAAUGUUGGUCCGAGAAACAAACCGUGAAAGCGACAUCGUCAAGGUGACCAUCAUCGAUUCGACUAAGCGAGAGGGCAAAAUAGUCCGAUCGGACAACAUUGGUGAAAUUGAUGGUGGGUGGGUUGAGCCAUCACACACCACAAGGUAUAUACCCUCUGAUCCGGCUGCUGGCCGAACAGAUGAUGGGUAUAUCGACACUGUUAUACAUGAAGGCUAUAACCACCUUGCAUAUUUCACACCGUUGGAAAACCCUAAGCCGAAGUUGCUCACCUCUGGAAAUUGGGAGGUUGUUGAUGCCCCUUCAGCCGUUGACCUCAAGAAUAACGUUGUAUAUUUUGUUACUACUAAGGAGAGUCCGAUCGACAGGCACGUAUACAGCGUGAAACUCGACGGCUCGGAGCUUCAGCAACUCAAAAAUACUGAAAAAUCUGCAUACUAUGAUGUUUCAUUCUCUAAUGGUGCCGGCUACAUGCUAUUGAAAUACCAGGGACCCAAUAUUCCAAUGCAGAAGAUUAUCAGUUCUCCUAGCAAUGAAGACAACUAUGCGGAAAUCAUCGAGGAAAACAAGAAUCUGGCUAGGCUUUCGAAUGAAUUUGCUCUACCCUCGCUGCACUACUCAACGAUUAAAGUUGACGGAUUUGCAUUGCCUGUUGUCGAGCGACGGCCCGCAAACUUUAACGAGACGAAAAAAUACCCCGUUCUUUUCCAGUUGUACGGAGGUCCUGGAUCCCAAAAGGUUAGCAAAAAAUUCGCCGUUGAUUUUCAGUCCUACGUUGCUUCCAACCUAGGCUACAUCGUCGUCACUGUCGACGGCAGGGGCACCGGGUUCAACGGUCGAAAAUUUAGAUGCAUAGUACGAGGAAACCUUGGUUACUAUGAAGCCCAUGACCAAAUUCAAACCGCUAAGGAAUGGGGCAAAAAACACUACGUUGACAAGACUCGAAUGGCAAUAUGGGGUUGGAGUUACGGCGGGUUCAUGACAUUGAAAACUCUUGAACAAGAUGCGGGGGAAACUUUCCAGUAUGGUAUGGCGGUGGCUCCAGUGACGGACUGGCGAUAUUAUGACUCCAUAUACACGGAACGUUACAUGCAUAUGCCACAGCAUAACAAGGAAGGAUAUGACAAUUCAUCAAUAUCAAAUACGACUUCUUUAUCGCAAACUAGCCGAUUUUUGAUAAUGCAUGGUUCGGCGGAUGACAACGUCCAUUUCCAAAACUCUCUCACACUGUUGGAUAAAUUUGACCUUAUGGGUGUGAACAAUUACGAUGUUCAUGUAUUCCCGGAUUCAAAUCACGGAAUCUACUUCCAUCAUGCAUACAAGAUGGUUCAUCAACGUCUUUCUGACUGGCUUGUCAAUGCUUUUAACGGGGAGUGGGAGAGGGUUCGCGACCCUAAGCCUAAGCCAUCAGUGAUCAAGCGUGCGAUACGUCAAUUGUUACAUUUUGGAUAA